AGGCUUGGAAGAUCUGCCCUCCUCGAGCUGGAGGGUUAUGGUCCCAUGUACCCAUGUGAAGUCAUGUCUUUACACAUCUAAUAAAGUUUUGUGAGCUUGCUGUCAUCCCAACACCUGUUUCAAGAUUGAUACAUCAAUAUUAUUCUACAAAUGCAACUUCUCCCCCCUUCGCACACAGCUGAGGCCCACUUGCUACUGAAGUGCAUCUGCAAGAAAGUCGUUAACCUAUGGUUAUGUGAAGAGCUAUGUGCAGUGUUGCUUGUGAAUAUGUCAGUACCAUUGUGGUGUAAAAUGUGCCCUGAACAAUAAUCAGGAACCAACAGCUCUUGUCUUUCAGCAGAUGUCUUAACUCCUAGUCCACGGAGCAGAGAAGGAGAAAUAUUAGUAUCAAAGAAUGACAACAACUGCUUCAGCAAGUGGAUGCAUUGUGCAAGAGGUCAUUAUUUACAGCUACCGACUUUAUUGAACUCUUCCUUACAUUUCAUCCUUAUUUUCUUUUAGAAGCGGAAAAACAACUUAGGUUUGAUGUUUUGUGUGCCAUCAACUGAAAUUGGGGCCAUCAUGAAUAUAACUAAGGGUGGACUGGUGCUGUUUUCAGCUAAUUCCAAUUCGUCAUGCAUGGAACUAUCGAAGAGGAUUGCUGAGCGCUUAGGAGUUGAGAUGGGGAAGGUUCAGGUUUAUCAAGAGCCAAACAGAGAAACAAGAGUGCAGAUUCAGGAGUCUGUGAGAGGAAAGGAUGUAUUUAUCAUCCAAACAGUUUCAAAGGAUGUGAAUACUACUAUCAUGGAACUCCUGAUCAUGGUGUACGCCUGUAAAACCUCCUGUGCCAAAAGCAUUAUUGGAGUGAUUCCUUACUUCCCGUACAGCAAACAGUGCAAGAUGAGGAAAAGAGGCUCCAUUGUCUCUAAACUACUGGCGUCAAUGAUGUGCAAAGCUGGACUAACUCACCUCAUUACCAUGGAUUUACAUCAGAAGGAAAUACAGGGCUUCUUCAAUAUUCCAGUUGAUAACUUGAGAGCAUCUCCAUUUCUACUACAAUACAUCCAAGAAGAGAUACCAGACUACAGGAAUGCUGUAAUUGUGGCCAAAUCACCUGCGUCUGCAAAGAGGGCACAGUCAUUUGCUGAACGCUUACGGUUGGGAAUUGCUGUGAUUCAUGGGGAAGCUCAAGAUGCUGAGUCUGACAUGGUGGAUGGUCGACACUCACCACCUACAGCCAAAAAUGUAGCUGCUAUUCAUCCCAGUUUGGAGAUACCCAUGCUGAUUCCCAAGGAAAAACCACCCAUCACAGUUGUUGGAGAUGUAGGAGGAAGAAUAGCUAUCAUCGUGGAUGACAUUAUUGAUGACGUUGACAGCUUUCUUGCUGCAGCCGAGACCCUCAAGGAAAGGGGGGCUUACAAGAUCUUUGUAAUGGCCACACAUGGCCUGCUGUCUUCAGAUGCCCCCAGGCUGAUCGAGGAAUCUGCCAUCGACGAAGUGGUUGUUACGAACACAAUUCCCCAUGAAAUACAGAAACUCCAGUGCCCUAAAAUCAAGACUGUGGAUAUCAGCAUGAUCCUCUCGGAAGCCAUUCGCAGGAUCCAUAAUGGGGAGUCCAUGUCGUACCUUUUCAGAAAUAUAGGACUGGAUGAUUAAUGCUUUUUAUUCUAAAGAAACACCCCGGGCCAAACUGGAAGCGAACAGAUAACGAGCUGUGAAGCAUCAUGCUUACCUUAAUAUUUCUAUUGAGCCACUUCUUGUUUUCUCUUGGUUUAAGUAUCAAGGUAGAACAGUUUUUAAGAGCUUUUUUUUUUUU